AUGACAUCUUAAUUAGAUGAAAAUCUUCUGGUUGGAAGUACUUUAUCUGACUUUGGAAUGACAGCUAAAGAAUUAUCGUAAAAGAUAUGUCAAAUAUUUAAGCAAUUUGUUUACUCCUGACAAUGUAAGAGAUGGAUCAAGUUUGGCAUAGUUGGCUAGACAUGGAAAGAUAGAUGGGUUGAUGAAAAAGUUAAGAACAGAUCCAAAGGUAUAACAGAAAAUAUAUAUAUAUAGAAAGGAUUAGAUAGCAGUAAUAUCAAUGAUAUGGAAUUGAGAGUGAAGAAGUAAAAUAUUUAUAUAUAUUUCAUUAUAGUUUUGGUGACAAUAAGCCUGAAAUAAAAGAGCCGAAGACACUUUUGGAAUAUGUAUAAUUAUGAAUUAAUGGAUUAGAUACUUGAAAAUUUUGAAGAUCCAAUGCUUAGAAUAUUGUGUUUAGCAGCAGCAGUGAAUUUGAUUAUAGGUGUAUGGACAGAAGGUUGGAAAGAAGUAUUAAUAAAUAAGAUUUAAUUAGGGAUGGAUGGAUGGAAUGGCAAUAUUCAUAGCAGUUAUUAUAAUAGUAUCAGUUACAGCAGGAAAUAAUUAUGUGAAAGAUUAAUAAUUUAGAAAAUUGAAUGCAAUAGCAGAGAAUAGAAAUGUAAAUGUUAAGAGAAGUGGUAAAAUAGUGAGUACUAAUAUAUAUGAAUUGGUUGUUGGAGAUAUUAUGAUUGUUGAUACAGGUGAGAAAUUACCUGUUGAUGGAAUUGUUAUUGAAUCAAGUGAUUUAACAGCAGAUGAAUCAUCAAUUACAGGAGAAACAAAUCCAAUUAAAAAGAAUGUUCCAGUCACUUAUGAUUAAAAAGAAAAAGUUAAUCCAUUUUUAAUUAGUGGUUCAUCAAUUAUUGAAGGAACAGGUGAAAUUCUUAUCUUGGCAGUUGGAGAAAAUUCAUAAUGGGGAAUAUCUAAAAAAUUAAUGACUUAAUAAGCUAAAGAUGAUAAAACACCUUUAUAAGAGAAAUUAGGAAUCUUAGCAGAUUAAAUUGGUGAAUAUGGAUUAAAAGCAGCAAUAAUUACAUUUAUUGCUAUGACACUUCAUUUACUUUAUGAUGCAGUAUUCAAUGAAUAUCCUUUGUUUUCAGCUCAUGCUUUAAAAGAAAUUCUAAAUUUCUUUAUUGUUUCAGUUACAAUUAUUGUAGUUGCUGUUCCUGAAGGAUUACCUUUGGCUGUUACAAUAGCUUUGGCAUAUUCUGUUGGUAAAAUGAAAGAUGAAAAAAAUCUCGUUAGAUUUUUAUCUGCUUGUGAAACAAUGGGAGGUGCAAAUAAUAUUUGUAGUGAUAAAACUGGUACAUUGACUGAAAAUAAAAUGACUGUUACUAAUUUAUAUGUUGAAGAUACAGAUUUUAGUAAAUUAGAUCCAAAAGCUAUUAAAAAUUCAACUUUAGAAUUAUUAUGUGAAGGUAUUUGUUUGAAUUCUAUGGCACAUCCAUAAAUUGAUGAAUCAGGUAAAUUUGAGCAUAUUGGUAAUAAAACUGAAUGUGCUUUAUUGGAAAUGUGUUAUAAAUUUGGAUAUGAUUUCAGAUAAAUUAGAUAAAAUAUGGGAGAAAAAAUCAAAAAGAAGUUCCCUUUCAGUUCAGAGAAAAAAAAAAUGACAAUCAUAUUAGAUCCAAAAGGAGAUAGAACAUAAUUCAAAAUUUAUACUAAAGGUGCUCCAGAUAUGCUUUUAGAUAAAUGUUCUCAUUAUAUUAAUGCUGAAGGAAGAGCUGUUGUGUAUUUAUAAUUUCUUAAAUUUUAGUAUUACCAAUGAUUAUAAACAAAAAAUUAAUAGUGUUAUUAAGAAUUAUGCAUCUUAAUCAUUAAGAUCAAUCUUAUUGUUAUAUAGAGACACAAUGAUCUAAGGUAGACCAUCAAAACCAGAAGAAUUUAAUAAUGUUGAAGAUAUAAUUGAUAAAUCAUAUACAAUUAUUGGAGUUACUGGAUUAUAAGACCCAUUAAAAGAAGGAAUCAUUAAAGCAGUCUAAUAAUGUAAAGAAGCAGGUGUAACUGUCAGAAUGGUAACAGGAGAUAAUUUUGAUACUGCAGUAGCCAUUUCAAAGAAAGCUGGUAUAUUACCACCAAAUUAUGAACAUCAUGAAGAUUCACUUGCAGUUAUGGAAGGAAAGACAUUUAGAUAAAUGGUUGAAGGAUUAGAAUAUGAAAAAGAUGAUGAAGGAAAUGAGAUACCAAAAGUAAAAAAUUUAAGCAAUUUCACUACUAUUGCAUAAGAAUUAAAAGUUUUAGCAAGAUCUUCUCCAGAAGACAA